AUGCCUAAGCGCGUAAACUCUGAGGAAGACGAGUCAUCUGCUCAAGACACUGCGAGCGAGGUAGCCGCACCUCCGCCGAAGAAAGCUAAGAAGUCAACGGAGAAAAAGACGGAGAAGAAGGUAGAAAAAUCUAAAAAGUCGACAAAAGGAUCGUCUCCGACCACUUCCGGCGGCAAGAAGGGCGACCUUGGCAAGGUGAGUAUCUCAGCUGUCCGUACUAAAGGCAAUAUGGCUGACUUUCUUGUGUUCACGAACUCAGAGGGAGAGAAAUAUAUUGACCUAGGGAAGAGAAGACGAGCUACUGUUCGUAGCUUCAAGGGCGUUCCAUACAUCGAUAUCCGGGAAUUCUUCGGAGACGAAGACGACCUCAAGCCCGGCAAGAAGGGCAUCUCAUUAACGAAGGAACAGUGGUCGGAACUCAAAGCUAACAUGAACACGAUCGACACCCUCAUUGAAAAAUUAUAA